AUGUCGCGGGCAGGGAGCAGCGACACUGCUGCGCUGGAGCGGGCCGGGGCGGAGACGGUGAAGCGGGCGGUGCAGCUGGACGUGGCGUCCCGGUUCCAGGAAUCGCUGGUGUGCUACCAGGAAGGCAUCGACCUCCUGCUGCAGGUGGUGAAAGCCACGACAGAUGAGGCGAAAAAGCGCCGCUACCGGCAGAAAAUAUCCGAGUACAUGACCAGAGCCGAGGACAUUAAAAAACACAUUGAGAAAGAGAAACAAGAUGGCAAAUACCAUAAGCAAAUCAGGAUAGAAGAAAAUGCAACAGGUUUUGGCUAUGAAAAGCUUUUCCACGAGUACCUCACUGAGAUUGUUUCUGAAGUUUGGGUGGAGGACCCAUACAUUCGGCAGGUUCAUCAGUUGUAUAACUUUCUACGAUUCUGCGAGAUGCUAGUUAAGGGGCCAUGCAAGGUGAGAACGAUCCACCUCCUCACUUCCUAUGAUAAGGGUGGUGGGAGUAGUCAACAGAUGACUGCCUUGGAAGAAAUAAAACAGUCAUUGAGUAAUUAUGGAGUAACACUGAAUAUUGACUUUUCAUCUUCAAUACAUGAUCGAGAAAUCAGAUUCAACAAUGGGUGGAUGAUUAAGAUUGGAAGGGGUCUUGAUUAUUUUAAGAAACCACAGGGUCAUUUCAGCAUUGGAUACUGUGACUUUGACUUGAGACCUUGUCAUGAAACAACAGUGGAUGUCUUUCAUACUAAACACACAAAGAAAAUGUGAUCAGAAACGACUGCUUUUAAUAAGUUUUUUCAUAAGCAUGAAAAUGUGAGACUGAAAGAUGUUGCUUGAGUCCAGCUGGUUGCUGACAGAAGCAACUCUUCUAAGUACUUAGUGCAGCACAGCUUUUAUAAUCUGUAUGUUUAAGAAUAUUUGAGAUUUUCCAGUCUGAGAAAACAGAACUGCGUGAUGCCUUCAUUGUACUUCUGUAAUCUUAAUUAAUAUAAUCCAUGUCUAAAUUUUAUCUUGAUUUCAUAACAGACCCUCAAUAGUGUCUUUCAAAAGCCUCGUUACUGCCAUUUCUAUUUUUAUUAUUGAUUUUGUCUUGAACCUGUUUUGGAUUUUAUAUCUUUUAACUCACAAUCAUUGGAAGCUGGGCUGCCACAUGGCCUCUUUUAUAAGCAGUCUUAUUUAUUUCCUUUAAUUCCUGUAUUCUAGUCAUGAGUACUAUUUUGCUGGGUUUUUGUCAAUCCUGCAGUACUUUAUUUCCCAGACUUUACUAGUAAUCCCAAAUUUCACAUUCCAUUUUCCAAGCUCUUUGCCUACAAACAUGGUAGUGUUCAGUACACAGUCAUUUUAGGGUUGUCUAAUGUGUCUCUGCAUAAUGGCUUUUGGACUGGAAAGGCUGCGAUCAGCUGUAUUCUGCUCUCUGUCACUCCUGUGUGUCCUUUUAUUCCAUGAUACAUGGCCAUAUACCUGAUACCUAUCCUUUGCAUUAAGUGUGGAAAGGAUGUGUGAUCCUCUCCCAGCCUUACUCUCUGACUUUAAAGUCCAAUGACUGGCUUUUCAUGCCACUCUCAACUGCAGUAAGCUAUUUCUCUGCUACUAAGGUAGUCCCCUAAAAAGUAUAAGAUUUUUCAGAAGUUGAAGAUUUUUCAGAACUCAGAUACCCUGAGUAUCUCAGUUGGUCAGAGCAUGGUGUGAAUAAUGCCAAGGUCAUGUGUGUUAUUCCUGCAAGGGCCUUUCACUAAAGAGCUGGACUUGAUCCUUGUGGGUCCCUUGCAAUUCAAAAUAUUGUGUGAUUCUAAGCAAUAUGCUAUUUAGAAUAAAAACGAAGUCUUCCAUUGUCAUUCCUUCAGCCUUUGCAAACCAGAAGGUAUUACCAGAGGUUCUGCUUUUUUUUUAUUUCUUAUACAAGAGUUCUUUGUUAGCAAGAAUCUGCCUAAGUCAUACACCCUGACAUAAAAACCAGGCAGUGGCCUCUUUUUUAGGUCCCAUCAAAGUCUUUUCAGCUUCAGGACUGACAUGUGCCUUACACUUUAUGCCUUGUAAUACAGUAGGCCUCUAUAUUCUAGUAGCAUGUUUAUUGCUAGGACUUUUUUUGUUUCCUGUAUUACUUUUUCCUGAUGGAUAGUGUAUUCCAUUAUCUUUCUUUUUUCCUUAAUAUGCUUUUUAUUUCAUUUUCUGUCAUCUAAUGCUGCUAUUCUUUUCUUCUUGUUUCUAACUGUUCCACAGCAAUCAAUAAGAAACAGAGCUGGUCUUUGCCUUGUUUUCUGGGUCAUAAUUUGCUAGUGGUCUGCCUUCUUUAUCCUUUCUCAAAAUAAUCCAGCUUUGCAGUGUUGCAUCAGCAAAAUGAAUAAUAUAUGUGCCACAGAGCUGUGUGCUAUUAGUCAUUCUCCUAAACAUUCCAUAGGAGCUCCCUGGCUUGCUGCUGUGACAUGAACUUUCUAGUCAUUUGUUAAUUUUAUUCAGUUGUGUAUAAUAUAUGCCUAUUUUUUAAUGGGAAUAAAGAUUAUUUUUUACUAUUUGUAGCUUCAAUCAUCUGUUUGAUUUCUUUACUACAUCAGGAAAUUCAAGCAAGCUGUGUAAUGCCUCAUAAGAUCCAGCCAUGUUCUAGAGAAGGCUCACUGUAAAUACAGUAAUUUCCCAAAUGUGAAGUGAGGAAGUGUCUUCAUGUCUUUUAACCCAGUCCAGCAAUUUCACACAUAAAGAAUCACAGAAUUAACUAGGCUGAGAUCAUUGAGUCCAACCUAUGACCUAGGAUCACCUUGUCAACUAGACCAUGGCACUGAGUGGCACUUAAACACCCCCAGGGAUAGUGACUCCACCACUGCCCUGGGCAGCUAUUUCAAUGCCCCAUCACUCUUUCUGUGAAGAAUUAUUUCCUAAUGCCCAGCCUAAACUUCCCCUGGUGUUGCUUGAGGCCAUGUCUUGUCCUGUCAUGUUACAUGGGAGAAGAGCCCAAACCCCACCUGGCCACAGCCUCCUUUCAGGUAUCUCUUCUGACCUAAUCAGAAUCGCAUUACACUUAUUGUUCAACAACAGUGAUAUACAUCUCGAGCCUUUCUUUUGUAAUUUUACUAUAUAUAUAGCUAUUAUUUAACAUUAAAACUAUCACUUUCAGUUCGUUGUUGCCUUUUAUGGGAGAAUCUUCUGCUAAGUGGUAACAUAAGGAACCUCUUUCUCCUAGAUCUGUAUUUGCAUUUCCAGUUGUUUAGCUUUGAUACCAGUACCCUUGGAAGCAGGGACUCCCAGCUUUGUGCCAGGCAUAAGACAGGCACAAGAACAGAGGAGGUAUAUGUGGCCUCUGUCCCAGUUAGUCUCUCCUGCCCUCAUCACAUAAACCCGCACACUGAACUACCCAAUCUUCCCCUGCUCUUGCACAUGCAUGGACAAAAACCCGAACCCAGGGUGGACCUACAGUGAUUCACUACCCUGUGGUGAGCUGAGCUCACUAUGGUGCUUGUACAGCAGGGGCACAGGAGCACCAGCACUCUGCAAGACAUGACUUUCAAUCAGAAACCAGGGACAUCCCUCUCCACACAGCUCAGUGGCUGUGACACUGCCUUUGGACUACUGUCACCAAGGAGCAGGAUGCAGGCUGGGGCACCCAGUGCAGCAGCCCAACACCAGUUCUACACCUUCCCCAUUCCAUCUGUGUCAGCCAUUUGUACCUUUGCUGCUACAGGGCCAAUUUGGGAUGCCCCCACCAUUUUUCCUGGUUCAAGCAGCAAUGAUGUCUU